AUGACAUACACCCAGGUACUCCGGGGCACCCGUGCGGUCGAUUCAAUUCUCGAUACAGACCGGUUCAAGGACCGCAAGCUGACCUUCUGGCACGGGAUGAUGAUAAAGAAAACAUUCAAGCACAGGAUCGACAAUAUCGGCGUCGGAAUACUACCCGACCAGUGUCGCUCGUGCAUCAACAUCGUACAGCGACACAUUCGUGAGGCCGAUCCAGACACUCCGGGGUCCUCUUCAGACGAAACGACGAUGGCCAGCCCUGAGGAGGUUGCCAUCGUGUUCGAUAUGUUCAACUCCGUACCCGAGGUGACCAGCCUUGACUCAAUCUACAAGAAACAGCUAUUUCGUGAACUCCGGUUAAAGCACUUCGCUACAGGGAGCACCAUAUUCCGGCAAUGGGAACACCAAAACAAGGUGAUUGGGAGCAUCAAGCCCAUCGUAGGGAUGCUGACGGCGAGGUGCGAAACCUACACGACCGUGCUCUGCUUGGGAUCGGACCGUUUCGCGGCGGUUGUGAACGAUUCAGUCUGCGCCGAGCGUGUCGCAAAGAAGGCGUUCCUGAAGUGUAGCGCCGUGUUCUCCACCCUCAACGAUGACGACCUCAACACCGUGGAGACGCUGUUCACGGCGAUUACCCUGCACGACAACCAGGUCAUCUGCAUGGAGGGCUCUCGCGUCGAUCACGUCUACGUCGUGAAGCGGGGGUUCCUCCGGAUCCUCAAGGCGUUCCUCCCGGAAGAAGAUGCUGACUGCCGCUCUGGACCUCCUUCACAUGCCUCGACGGUCGCCGCCGGGGCAGCCUCUGCGCGCAGAUCCAGCUUGGCAGACGUCGAGACUCGACUGAAGUACUUCGACCUUGGAGAGAUCGGGCCCAAGGACAUGCUGGGAGAGAACGGUAUGCUGAAGCACUUGGACACGUCGUUAGUGUUGUCGACGACACCCGCUCCGGCUGCGACGGAAAGUGUCACCUUACCGGCGAUAGCGAGCAGCCAAGAGGACGCACAACAUCUCUCGCAGCCAACGGACGCUCGUGCUGACACCAUCGAUCAUGGCGCUAGUACCCUAGACGGGGAUGCUGGAGACGCGAGCCCCCCUUCCGCCGACGCCGCAACGGAUGGGGCUGGGUCACCUCGUGUAGCUACCAUGGGUCUGAGAAAACCCGCCUAUAUCAUAUCUGCUGCUGCUUCUGGGGGAACGGCGGAAGUCUACGUCGCCAAUGUGUACGACCUGAAGAAGCUGCAGACGGAUAGCUUCUGCUACUGUUGGAAAACCGCUCAAAGGCUACACCAAGCCAGGGCGCAAGCUUGGGGAGCAGGAGCUUUGGCUCAGCAGUUGCGGAGGCGGAACGAAUGGGAGGCUCGGAAAGGCGAAGUUUUGUCGCAAAUUUGA